AUGUUUCGUCUUGAAGAUACCAUCAAGCUCUCCCAUCCCCUUCGAAGUCAGGCGAGCAUGGAGGAUGACAUGACAGUUGCAACCACCACACCUGGUUCGAGCUUUUCGUCGACUGGUUCGACUCAGAGCGCUCCGUCAAGUAUCGAUGACGAACCUGAAUAUAUCCAACAAACAGCAAAGGCUGCAAGAGACGGGAAUUCCGAACACCGCAAAGCACCUCUAAAACAAUUGACUCCGGAUGAGACUAUCGAAUUGACUCGACAAGCCGUGGAAAAUGGCAUCCAAGAAACGAAGCGAUCGUUAGCUGGAAGCGAGGCAGUGAGCGAUGUAGUGCGGCCCAAACUGACAAUUGAUCUUGGUCAUUCAUAUAUUUCACAAAUUCCUGAAGGUGUGGUUGAUAUAAUCAAGGAUGAAGUUGAAAGGCUUUCUUUGUCAAACAAUCAAUUACUUCAUAUUCCAUAUCGAUUUGCAGAAUGUGCCCACCUUCGCUAUCUCAAUAUACGCGCAAAUAACUUUCGCGAGUUUCCAAAAGGAAUAUAUAAGCUACCCUUGCUAGAAAUCUUAGAUCUUAGUCGCAACAAGGUCAGCAGGAUUCCAGAUGAAGUGCGAAAACUUACAUCACUACGUGUGUUCUCUAUCAUGCAAAAUCGCUUAGAUGAUCUUCCAGCGGGACUUGCGGACAUGAAUAAACUACAAAUCGUGAAGGUGUCUGGGAACUUUCUCAAAUAUCCUUUAAGGAGAGUAUUGGAGAACAAAGAGAGUGAAGUGGCUUCGUUGCCCAUGUCAACAAAUGAGAAGGAAGCGUUGGUUACUGCAGAGCUGAAACGCUUUCUCAAGACUAGACGACAAAGUACAACGCCGGAGCCGGAAAGUGGUAGCGAAGCUAGUGAGCCUAUGUCCGCGAUUGACACACCAAAGCCUGUGAAGCGUGGAGGCAACAGUCGGUUUCCAGUGAUACCCAGCACCAGCGAUGGCUCAUCAGAUCCUCGAUCGCCGAAUCUUUCGAGACCGCCACCACCACCUAUCCCUUUAAGAUCUCACCAACGGUUAGCUUCUGGGCAGUCUUCUUUUCAGCCCGGCUUCUCAAGACCUGGGAUUGCACCUGUUCCUGGGGUCAAUGAGCGCAAUCGUAGCAACAGUGAAGGAAUCAUACCUUUGUCGACGCGCAACAAGCGGAUGGGCCUGAUUUCUAGAAAGACAGAUCUCGGCACAUUAGAUGAAAUGCGUCCAUAUCGGAAUAGCCACUUGCGAGGUCUUAGCCAUGGCUCUCUUCUACGAACCAACCCAUCCAGCGGACGGAAUGGCAGCACUUCUUCCAGUCCCGGAAGUCCUCAUGGCGAACGCAGGCGAGCACGCGAUGGUCCGUCUCGACGUAUGUCGAGCUUACCCGAACACAAGGAGGAAAUGGCACUCCCUCCAAUCGUGCAAGGUGCCAAGGGGAUCUUGUUCUCUUUGUUUCAGAUCCAUUCUCAUAUGUCUACUCUGAUCAAUGUAAUCAAAGGAGACGAUGCGCGACGACACAGCUUGGAGAUUGUAUUCUACAAUGCUUCGACUCACGUGGAGCAGCUGAACGAAUCUUUAGAGACAAUUGUCGAUAUGGAUCCAGACAAUGGAGAUUUUGCAAGGGUCUCGAGCGACGUCAAGCGUGAGUGUGUGACUUGUUUGAUGGCAUACACACACGUAGGAUCACAGCUUCGUCAAGGAACUCGGAGAAUCGUUGAACAAGGUGACCCCCGAUAUGUCCGGUCACUCAUGUUAGUAAUAUAUGGCAGUCUGUUGGAAUUGCGCAAUGCAUGUUUAAGUCUCGGAGCAUCAUCGCUAGUCGCCCGAAAGGAGUAUUAUACUUUACGCGAUAAACCGGCCGACCUUGGAGGGGAACAAGUACAGAUUUCGUCCGACGGUUUGCCGGCCGUGGCAGCUACCCCAACAAGGGAGCCCACUCAGCCAAUGCGCCGAUUGAGGAGUGACACUAUGAUUCAACAUCCCCCAAGUGGCCUUGGAGCCUCACUGCCCAUCGCAGCAUAUCCGGCGUCUACUGCCUCUCCUGGUGCAACCACGCCGAGCUCGACAACGAUGAUGUUUGGAAGUCGAAGUCGGUCCAACAGUCGCGCUGCUACAACAUUGAGUUCGGCCGUUGCAUCUUCUCUGGCAACCCCUCGUUCCGGUGAAGCAUUCCCACCUAUUCCUACAAUGCCAGGGACUAGAAUCAACCCCGUGACGGGAUUAGACGAGUUUGUUGAAGAGCAAAUAUUUGAAAAGAUAUUCAAACAACUCACAGCAGCGUACAAUGCGGCCCUUCACGCUUUACCUUCUGCCAGUCAUCAAUUCUCCCGGUGUCUGGAAAUCGCAGAGACGACCAGAGAACCGGAAGAAAUCCGUAUAAUGUGGAACAAUCUCAUCCGCCGAUGCAAUGCCUGCUUUGAGAGUUCAGAAGCACUAGGACAAAAGCUAUUAACAAUGAAAGUCAAGGAACCCGGAGGUGGAGCUAGAAACCAAAAGGACUUUUGGCAACUGUGCAAGGUAUUUAUGCAGUCAUUCGUCGAUCUGGUGACGGAUAUGCGCGAAGUGAGAAACAUGCAACUUCUCCCACCAGACAUUGUCACCAUCCUACGACCUGUACAAAAGGCCAGCAGAGAAGCAGGACGCUUGAUCGAAACUUCGCCCUGGUCCUAUUUUUCAGAUGUCCCUGCCGCUCCACAUAUCCCUUAUGUCUACGGACCUCCGUUGCAAACUACGCAACACCACCCGUCCUCAUCAGCACCGGCGCCGUAUCUUGGUUCGAGCGGAAGACUCCCCGGCGCAUCGCCGCAGUCAUCGGCUAUACCUGCAACACCUCUCAGUGCGGCGUUGGGACCCGCUGUUCAAGCAACGAUUCCAUCAACUCCAGCGAGUGCUUAUAGCGAUCGGUUCUUUGCGGGGGAUGUCUUUCAGCGAGCCGAUACGUUGUUGUCAAUGCAGAAUCAGGCGCCGUAUCUCUACCGUCGGUCAUGA